AUGGCCCCGCGAUCUCUCUCUCUCUCUCUCUCUCUCUCACAUGUGUCGGCGGGGUUUUUCUACGAAAUCGAUCACGACAAGCUCUCAUCAAAGCACCCAGAACAGCUCAAGCUAGUCCGCGUAGCCAUGGUGAGUGAAAAGGCUGGGCGGAGCGUAUCGCUGAGAUUUCCCAGCAUUUACUCUCUGAGAAAGCACUUCAGCUCCGGCGACCAGACUGACAGAAAGAAAACGCCAGCGCUCGACGAGAAGUAUGUGUUGGGGUCAGAAAUUGCCGGCCAACUCCUCAGGAGGAGGAUCGCAGCGGCGGAGCUGGCAGAGAAGAAAAGCUCGUGGGGCUUCUGGGCCUACGGGAGAACGGCGUCGAGCCCUGCCCCUGUCGUUUCUGGGUCGAGCACUGGGAUCAUCGCCAAGAAGGGCUCGUGCUGGUCUGAGCUCGAGUGCAAUGGGAUGGUCCGGUGGGGGAAGCGCCGGCAGGUCAGGUUCCUCAGUAGGCACGCCGAGAACAACGACAACCUAAGACUUCUGUCGCAGAGCGUCGAGCAUGGGCGACCCGAGAAAGAGAAGGAAACGACAGAAGGUCAGGAGAUAGAGGUUGAAAAGAGUCCAGAAGUGAAAGAAAAAGAGGAUGAAGAAGAGGAGGAUGAGGUAAAGGAGGACGAGGCAAAGGAGGACGAGGAGGAUGAAGAAGAAGCAGAAGCUUCAACUGAGAUCAUUCCUAGGAAGAUCCCGAAGAGAAAGUGCAAAGGACAGAAAAGAACACGGGCGAGCAAAAGAGCCAAGCGCGACCAAAAACCGCAAGCGGUUAAGGUUCAUUCUCACGUCAAGCGAAAGGGGAUCAGAGGCUCUAUAGAAAGGUGGUCUGCAGAGAGGUAUAAGUUGGCGGAGCGAAACAUGCUGAAGAUACUGAAGGAGAAGCGGGCGGUGGCCGGGAAUCCGAUCCUGAGGCCGGCUCUGAGGUCGGAGGCACGGAAGCUGAUCGGAGACACGGGGCUGUUGGACCACCUCCUGAAGCACAUGGCGGGGAAGCUGGCACCGGGCGGGGCGGAGAGGUUCCGGAGGAGGCACAACGCGGAUGGGGCCAUGGAGUACUGGCUGGAGAGCGCGAACCUCGUGGAGGUGAGGAAGGCGGCAGGCGUGGAGGAUCCGUAUUGGACUCCGCCUCCCGGGUGGAAACCCGGGGAUAAUCCCACCCGGGACCCGACCUGCGCCCGGGAGAUCAAGCAGCUCAAAGAAGAGAUGGCCAACCUGAAGAGAGAUAUGCAAGAGUUGGUGUCCCAAAAGCAAGAGGAAGACCUCGUUGUGGAGACCACCCCAACAUCUUGCAUGUCUUGUUUGAACUUGGACCAUGAUAGCCCUUUAGUUCCAAUGAAGGAAAUGUAUGUUGAAUUGAAGAAAAGGAAAGCUACAAUGGAGGACCAGCUCCGCGAGGUCUCGCAGCUUCUUUGUGCAAUGGAGCCUUUGAUGAUCCGAGUUCUAACAUUUCUGGCAUUUCUUUACGUCAAUAUCCGCGAGAAGCAAUGGAUGAAGCAGCAGGAAACGAUGGAGACGUUGAAAUUGAAAACCGCUGUGGAAUCAAGAUCCUCACAGGAAUCGGAAGAAACGACAAUGCCAUCAUCAACAAUGAACCCGAGAACCAAAGGAUCAUCAGAAACCGAAUCAGAACUAGGGGCAGAAGAAAGGAAGAAGAAACUAGCAGAUGCAGUAAGGACAGAUGAAUCAGAAAAAGGACCAGAGGGACAGGAACAAGAAGACAAAUUGCACUACCAAGACAAAAUAACAGCGACUAUAACAACAGGGAUAGAGGACAAAGCUGCAAAGAUAGAGAGACUAAAGAGUGGGUUCAGGAUCUGCAAGCCUCAGGGCACCUUCCUCUGGCCCAGCACCACCACGUCCCCACCGUCUGAGCUGGUGCUCAGCGUCCAAGACCUCCUUGUGGCCCCUACUCCCCCUUCGGUCUCCUCCUCAACCACCUCGCCACCACUUCUGCCUACUUCGCCAGUCAAGCCACUAGCCGAGAAACGCCUUGUCAACCUCGCUGCUCUGCCCACUACUACUAUUAUUCCAACUCAUCUCCUGUCGGUUCCAAUGACCUCGCCGCGAUCUCUCAUCAACCUCAACGAAGUCCCCACCAGCCAGAACAUUCGUGACUGUAGCAGACUAUGCACUGGAAUCUCUAUCGACAAUAGCGACUGCAUUCCGUCAAGUUCACUGGCUGCCCUCACAUAUAAAAGAAGACCAAACGGUUCGGUGCUGAGCCCUUCUAGCAGCGCUCCUGUUCCUGCUGUAUCUUGUGCAGCUUCCAGUGCCGUUGCAGGGACCGGGAGGACCAUUGGAGAUGAGCCCUAUCCGAGGAUCGAUGAUGCAAGGAGAGGAAUCAUGAGUUCCGAUCCCAUCGACCGCCUCGGAGUGUCCUCGCCAUCAAUGUCUCCUCCCUCCUCCUCUUCGCAUUACUUGUCCGGGACCGGACUGCUGCCAUGGCUGGAGAGCCAUUCCUAA